AUGGAUCCUGACCUCAUCACUGCUACUACCGAGAUUGCCAGCAUCACAGUAUCUGACGCUGUGGAUACGCCAAACACCACCUCGCCUGCCCUACCUUCCUGUCAGCCACGGGGUCGUCCACGCAAGUACCACACAGCAGAUGAAAAAGCUGGUGCUCAUGCCUUGGCACAGCAGGGAUACUACGAAAGAUCUGUUGCGAAAACAACCAUGCUGGAUGAUUGGAAAGCUAGCAUCGAGAAAAACCAGGCGUGGCUGACUCGACAUCUCAACAACCAACCUCCAGCCAUGCUAGCCGCUGCUGUAUGCUUGCGUGCCUGUGAGGCUCAUGUCACUGACCCGAGCAUGGUGAUAUCAGAAGCCCUCGAGCCGUUCAAUAGAAUGCAAACUCGUAUCAACAUCAUCAGCACUAGCAUAUAUUGGCGAAUGGGAUGUACCAACUUGUGGAAGGUCGCUGAGAAGUUGUGUAGCCAAGUUCAAGAAGUGGUCAACCUCUUGCAGGACCUCCUAUGCUCAGCACUAUCUGGCAUCAGUGAGCUCAGGAUGGCAUUCAAUGAGGGUACACUAGCAUACCAACAGACAUAG